UUUGUGUCAGGAUGGUCUCAGUAGUGUGUCAGUGUUUGCCCGUUGUUUCUGGCUAAAGGUAUCCGGCAUUUGGCGGCUUUAAUGUUCCGUGCAGCUAAUCUAAAAACCAUCGGCAAAGCGGGAACCGGCUGGCACUUUCGCCGGACGAUGGACGAGCUGGUCCAUGACCUGGUGUCAGCGCUGGAGGAGAGCUCGGAGCAAGCUGCGCGUGGUGGUUUUGGUGAUGGAGGAGACCAUGCACUGGCAGUGGGCUGUCUGCUGAAGAGACAGGCUCGGAAGCGGAGGGGCAGAAAACGACGCUCGGACAACCCGCACCCUCCCUGGGAGACGGGCCACCUCAGUGAGGGUUCAGAGUCCAGUGUGGAAGAACACAAGGACUACCGCAACAGCACAGGAGGUGUGUCUGCUGCCAACAGCCAUGCCCGUGACAACAGCGACUCGGAUGAACAACUUGGCCCGAAACGCCGCACCCCCCUUACAGCUGACAUGGGACGAAGCAAGAGGCCCCUUUGGCCAGACGACCUGGGUGUCCUGGGGUCCGCAGAGGGAACUCGCAGUCUUAGGCGACGACGUAAGGUCAAACGGAUGGCUGUGGACCCUCCUGUGGAGUCAGAGCCCCCCUCCUCCACCAUGCUCGGGCCCCCACCUGUCCCCAAAGCUCGGGUUGGCAGCAGGCCCCAUAGACUGGGUGCAGGGCAGGAGGCCAGGGUUGCCAUGGAGCUUUGUGGAGGUGGCCUGGUAGGACCGGGGGGAGGGAAGAGCAGGAUAAAGAAAAGGAAACUGGCCACCCACAGGCUGGGAGUAGAGGCUGCGGAUGAAGGGGUGGUGGUGGAGAGUGAAGACCCCAUCUCAUCUCCAACGGAAGGGUCCAAAGACAAGAUGGAGCUGGAGGAGCAGAAGGGUUCGGAUGAAGACAUGAGUGACAGGUGUGAAACCAGCAGUGUCAGUAACAGCAGUGAUGGAGGCCUCUACACCAAUGAUGAGGGGAGGCAAGGUGACGACGAGCAGAGCGACUGGUUCUAUGAGGGUGAUCCAGGCGCCGGGUCAGGGCCCGGGGGUGCAUGUGGGGUGGCAGGAGUGGUCCCCUGGUGGGAGAGAGAGACGGGGUCUGAGGAGCUGGACCUAGCCGACCCUGUCUUCAAUAGCAUCCUCACUGGAUCCUUCCCCCUCAUGAGCCCCGGAGCACAGAGAGGGUUUCAGGCCAGGUUGAGUCGUCUCCAUGGAAACCAGCAGGCGUCUGAAUCUGGGCUGCAGGGCAGUACCAGUCAGGGCUUCAACGACAGACUGGGCAGACAAACCCAGGACUCCCAUGAGCCGUGGUUCAGCUCAGGCUCGAGGAGAGAACACGGACAGUUGCACUGGGACUCGCGGUCAGACAGAGGGCACCGGAGAAGCUGUUCAGUAAAAACAGCCAGCAGACAGACCAGCGGGCACCUUGGCUCCUUGUGUACAGGGGAUGUCAAGCGGAGGCGAAAAGCAGCCCCCCUCGGUUCCACCGCACCCUCAGGAGUAGUUGGGGAGGGCGCGGCUCCCAUCCCUGACUCAAACAUGGGGAGCCGCAUGUUGCAGAGCAUGGGCUGGAGCCCAGGGAUGGGCCUGGGCCCAGAGGGAAGGGGCAUCACUGAGCCCAUCCGGGCCACACAGAGACCCAAAGGCACAGGUCUAGGUUUCAACUGAACACCCGGUUACUGGGUCCUGAACCUGGAGCAGACUCGGUGUAAGACGUCCCAAAAACUACAAGGAGGACAGAGAUGAAAUGCUGCUCAGGCCAACAAACAAAUAGAAAAAGGUCCAGAAUAAACCAGGCAUGUGAGGCAGUAUGACGAGAGAGAAACUUUCCCAUAUUGGGGAAACUGCAAGAGACAGACUGCUCGCAUAAAAUGGACAGAAUGACAGAAGAAUUGAGCAGGAGAAAAGACUUGUCCUGUCAAAACUCCACGUUGGAGAAAAUAAAUGACACUGAUACAGCCUCAUUGUUAGUGUGUGAAGUUGGCAUGCUGCCUCAGCCCUUUUACCUCAGAUGCCAGCGUUACAGGUCAGAGAACCGGGGUCAUGUUGAAGUUGACCAUACACCGAGAGCCAACGAUGACAGUUCGGUUUCAUUUCAGUCAGCGGUAUAGGUUAGUGAAUUAUCCAUAAAUGGUUUUGUCUGAUAUUGCACAAGUUUAUUGGAAUCAAAGACGAGUUGAGUAGGCCAUACCUCAAGAUUUAUAUUGGGUUCCUUUUAUUGUGGUGAAGUUAGGGUACACUGUAUGGAUGUGUGUUGGGAUUAUAUGACUAUAUUUAGUUGUUGUUUUUUCACAUCCAUUUUAUUUCUUAUUAUUUUAAUGGAAGGAGUCAUCAGAAUGUUUUUAUCUAUCCAAAAAAAAAAAAAAAGAUAUAAAUCAAAACCACAAUUUUCCUUUCUUUUGGCACUUCUAUGUAUGCAUGUGCAGCUGGGACCACAGCAGGUUUCUGUUGAUGUUUACCAGGAAAACGUGAGAUAAAGUCUUGCCAUCUUACUGCUUUACUGUCCUAUUUGAUCCAAUGUUUAAGUUUUUUAUCAUUGACUGCUUUUCUUCUGCAAUAUCUAGCCUGCCGUAGUCAUGCAGUGAAACAAGUAAAUGACUGUCAGGUUAUGUAAAAUUCUGAUGAAGUACAAAAAAAAAAAGAAUUAAUUUAGCUAAUCCCAUUUUUCUCAGAUGUUGAAAAACAAAAUGAAGUCAUGUUCCGUUUUAAUACGAAGCACUACAUUCUCGUGACUAAAAGGUGUUUUCACUCAAUUUUCCUCAUUAGACCUUUUCUCAGGACUGUGAGCGAGUACAAACUGAUUGAGGGCUAAUUAAGCAGAAUUGAGAACACCUGUGUGGUCAUGCGGGGCCUUUAAAGACAAUAAAAAACAGUAGAGGAAACACUGCUUUGUGUACUUUUAUGAUCUAGUUAGACAUGUUAUUUUUUUCAUUCUGAAAUGUUUGGGGGUUGUCAACAUAUUGGCCUGCAACAUACUAAGUCUUGAGUAAGGCUUGAAAUUACUUUUAAGUGCAGUUGGGAGUUUGAGGUACAAUAAAAUAUUGAAUUAUGAGACAGAAAAUGUGCAAGAAAUUGUUCCUCAAUCAUAUUUGUUUCCCCUCACACAGUUUAUCUUUUGUUGGAUCACUAGAGAGAUGAUUUAUACCCCGUUGGGCCAAUUGAGAGAAGUGUGAGGUAAACUGUCUGAAAAUACUAUUAAACUCAGAGGCUC